AGGUUCGAUAUCAGCAGACGUAUCUACUCAGGUUAAGUUACACGUGUGCAUAAUACCAUGACACACAGAGAUUGAAACAGGUGUGACGAGAGCCGGGCCUACUCUGCUAUAGUCUUACAUUCACGCCAGACUGCCACACUGAUCAAUAUUUUCAAGUUUUACAUUUGAAGGAUAAUCGUUAUGAAGUCACAAGAACUUCAAUUCUCCGUUUUUUCUUGGGAUUUGAUAGAAACAGAAUUUUUAGCUUGUACUCCAAAGGAAUAACGGAAACCCACUUUUGUUUCAAAUUGAAGUUUACGAAAGAAUUGUGCAAAGUGAAAAGGUAAUAUCAAAUAAUUGAAAAUCACCUAAAGGCAUUAUGGCAGAUAUGGAUCAAAGAAAUCGAAUUGUGUUUCUCGGAGCCGGGCACGUGGGGAAAAGCUCCAUCUUAAAACGUUUUCUACAGGGUACCUUCUCAAGUGAGUAUAAGGAAACAGUGGAAGACUUAUACAGUCGGGAGUACGACGUCCAAGGACACCAUUUAAAGGUGGAUUUCCUUGAUACCGCCGGAAAUAUUGCCUUUCCGGCAAUGCGCAGAUUAUCAAUAGCUAAUGCGCAUGCGUUUGUUUUAGUUUACUCUUUAACAAGUGAAGCAACAUUUGUUGAAGUGAAACAGUUAUGGGAAAAUAUCAAAGAAGUCCGUGAGAAUUACCAAGAAAUUCCAUGUGUUAUAGUAGCUAAUUGCAUCGACAUGGAGAACAACCGGCAAGUGGAGAAAUUUGACGCGCUAAACUGGGCUUACAAUGACAACCUGGGGGGCGCUUUCGUGGAGGUUUCUGCAAAAGACGACGAAUGUAUAACAGAUAUAUUCAAAAUUCUGUUUGAACAACUAAAAGUUCCACGUUCUAAACUACCGGAAAAGUUCAGUCUCCUAACACGGCGACUGAGCUCUCAUUCUUUGGAACAAUCCGACCACGAAGCUGAGCCAAAAACCCCUACAGAGGAGAAGAAGUUUUUUCGGAGUCGAAGUCUGAUAAGAAGGGGAAGUAAGCCAAAGGUUAAAAGGUCGUCUAGAAAUAAAAACGACUGCGAGGUAUCAUAGUGCCUGACAAAUCUCGCGGUGCUUUAAAGUCUCGUGAUUCUAACAAGUCUCGUUACUCUACCACGUCUGGUGAUACUACCAAGUCUCGUGAUGCUGUGUAAUAUUGACGAACCCCUACGAUUUUAGUACAGGUCUUACCUGUUUACGAGUAAGGAUAUGUUGCCAGAACGUUGUGUAACAUAACCGGACAAACCUUAUUUCUCACAAUUAUACAGGCUCACGUACAAAAGGAAAUGAGUGUGGUUGAUUUGUUAGCAGUGUUGUACCAGGAGUAACUGACACUAGUUAGUAGUACUGGAGGUAUAGGUAAAUAUACGCGUGUACGUGGUACAGGAGUGUUCAGAGAGAAACAUCAUUUUUUCUGAAAUAUACGCAUUCUAAUUAAAAUACAGAUCACUUCUAAUAGAUGUCAAGUUAUCAGCACCUCCACCAGAGUCACGUGACUGAAGCCAUCAUAUUUGUUUGAUCGUAUUUUAUUAGAUUGUCCAUAUUUUGACUUUGGCCACAUCCUGUUUGACGAUUUUGUGGUCGAUUUUGAAUGUAAGGGAGGAAUGACAAGGCUGACAUAUUCUUCUAGACUGUACAUAGAAAUAGUAAAAGUUGACAUUUGCCUUCGAUUUCUGAAAGGAAAUGACUUCUAGACAUUUUCCACAAUGUUUAGAAAUGUAUUGUUCACGGUUCAUUAUUAACUUUUAGUUUCCACUUUUUACGUUUUCCUCUACAUGUGUACUUAUAUAUUUGCCUGAUAAGAGUAAGUGACAUGUUUCUGUCUACAUUAACAUGUACAGUGAACUUUGUUGGUCCGGACCAUUGGUUUCUGGCGGAAUCACGAUGGCCCGGAUUAUUUAUAGUAUCCAGAGAGAUUUUUUUGUUGAUGUCCGGAUUGGCAAAGUUUUCUAUGAAGUCCGGACUGACAAUGUAUUUAAUCUAGUCCGGACUGACAAGUUAUUUAAUUAGUCCGGAUUAACAAGGUUUUUAAUUUAGUCCGGACUGAUCCGAUUUUUCCUGUAGUCCGGAUACAUGGAAUCGUUUUAAGCCGGGUUACUACGACGCUUUUCUGUAGUCCGGUCUUAUGAGGUUUCCUAUUGUCUAUAUUACUGAGGUUUCACUUAAAACCGGACAAAGGAGGUUUUUUGUUUAGUCCGGGCUUAUUAUGUUUUCUUUAGUCAAGACUAAAUAGAUAACCCUUUUAUCUAGACCAGAGAUUUUUCCGUAGUCUGGGCUUAUGUGAUAUUCCUGUAGUCCGGUCUAUCGAAAAUCUCCUGUUAUUCCGACUAACGCGAUUUUUCUUGCUUGUAAUUCCGAAUAACGGGAUUUUUCUUACAUGUAAUUCAGACAUUUCCCUGUGGUCUGGAUUUACCAGUUUUGUUGAAUAUAAUUGAUUUUACUUUCUCCUUUUUCUCACUGUUGAUAUACAUCAUAAAAAAUUGAGACUGCAGAGAUGGUGGUCAAAUGCUCCAUAAAAAUGGCAUAUUUUCGAAAUUUGUUGAUGUUAUUAAAUUGUAUACUCAUUUGCUCACACGGAAAAUUGAUUCCGAUAAUUUUCCUCAUCUUGAAUUGUUGAAUAUUUUAUAUUUCUGUUUACUACUUUUUUUAAUGAAUGUUUAUGAAAUACUUGUACAUCAUCGUUCACAUUUUUAUUAGGCAAUGCCAUUCAUUGUUUUUAUAGUUUUAUCGUGUAGAGAAAGAUCGCGUCAUAUUUUGAACACAAUCAAUGUUGCACUUCAAACUGAAAACUAGUUGUAAAAAAUACAGGUCUCAGUGAAGUAAAAAAAAAAAAUGUAAGUUGGUGAACUACAAAGGAUAUAAGUAAGUUAAGAAAUUUAAUAUAUUAAAGCAAUAAAGGAUAUACAAUUGUAAGUAGGCUAAGAUAUAUAAUUUAUCAAACUGUAAAGGAUAUACAUGUAUAUAAGUUAGGAAUAUAAUAUAUUAAACUAUAAAGGAUAUAAGAAGCUUUAGUUAACAAAAGAGAACGAUGUUAAAAAUAGUAAACUACAUGUAUAAAGAACAAAAGUAAGUAGGAAUAUAUUUUAGUAAACUUCAAAGUUUAGGGGUAAUUGAUCAUGAAGUUGUAUCGCCAAACACAAUCGGGGAAAUAACAUCGUCUCACUGAAAUAACCUCGUCUCACUGAAAUAACCUCGUCUCACUGAAAUAACAUCUUCUCACUGAAAUAACCUCGUCUCACUGAAAUAACACUUGGCCACUACAUUUUUCUGAUAGGCUACUAAUGAUAUGAAUAACCAUGCAAUCCACAUGUAGUACGAUCCUUGAAAUGGUGGUCACAGGUAAGUGAGGAAUUUGAUGUAGAAGUGAGAUAAGAAAUAACAAUGUAACAAGUUAGUAAAGAAAUAUCAUUGACAUAAGUAGGUUAAGAGAUGUAUUAUAGUUACUACAGGAACAUGAUGAAAGAGAUCACAAAUUAGUUCAGCGAUAUAACACAGUGGUCAAAAGUAAGACAAGAGAUAAAACACAGUGGUCAAAAGUAAGACAAGACAUAAAACACAGUGGUCACCAGUAAGUCAAGACAUAAAACACAGUGGUCACAAGUCAGUCAAGACAUAAAACACAGUGGUCAAAAGUAAGUCAAGACAUAAAACACUGUGGUCACAAGUAAGUCAAGACAUCAAACACAGUAAGCAAGUUAAGAGAUAUAUCAGUGGUCACAAGUACAUGUAAGUUAAGAAAUAUGACACAGUGGUCACAAGUAAGUUAAGAAAUAUAACACAGUGGUCAAAAGUAAGUUAAGAAAUAUGACACAGUUGUCAAAGGUAAGUUAAGAAACAUGACACAGUGGUCAAAAGUAAGUUAAGAAAUAUGACAGAGUGGUCACAAGUAAGGUAAAAUAUAGAACACAGUGGUCACAUAUAGAGAUAUAACAGUGGUCACAAAUGAGUUAAGAAAUAUGACACAGUGGUCACAAGUAAGGUAAAAUAUAAAACACUGUGGUCACAAGUACAUUUUUUUUGUAAGUUAGGAAAUAUAACACAGUGGUCACAAGUAAGGUAAAAUAUAGAACACAGUGGUCAAAAGCAAGUUAAGAAAUAUGACACAAUGGUCACAAGUA